GUUUCUUCACUGAUUGACGUUCAAAGAAGAAGAAGGAUAAAGUCAUACCAAGACAGCAAUCUUAGGAUAUCGAAGAGACUGUAUUGCGGUGCAAAUUAUUAGCAGACGGAACCAAGACUUUUGGCGGAGAUCCGGUUUAGACGUUUGGUUUCGGAUUGCUGAAAAUGAAAUCCAAGAAGAAGAAGAGGCAAGAUGACUUCCAAAAGGUGAAGCUAAAAGUGGGAAAGAAGAAGCCGAGAGCAGACAAUGCCACCGAUACAAACUUCCGCACGAAGGGAAUUUAUCUCCCUGACCAGCUGAAGACAGACAGCAGUGGUCCCACCACAAACAGGCAGCUUGGCAUCAAUGACCUGUUGUCCCAGCUCCACCAUUACAAUGCCAAUGUGAAGCACGGUGCCUUGUUGGGUUUGAGGGAGCUGCUGUCUAUGAAUCCUUCUCUGUUAGAGCAGCAUUUGUCACGUUUGCUGUCUGAGGUGGCUGCCGUGUUCACAGACAAGGACGCCAACGUUCGCGUGGCAGCCACGCGUGUGCUCAGGUAUAUUGCCCAGUCCGUGCCCGCGGAACGAGUGGCUCCUUUUUUCCCGCUCCUCAGUGCCCACCUGUGUUGCGCCAUGACUCACAUUGAGUUGAGCAUCCAAGAAGAUGCCAUGAAGAUUCUGGAUGUGGUGCUGGAGCACUACCCCGCCCUGCUCGCCGCACGGCCCGCCGUGCUCCUCACCAACUUUCUGGAGUUAAUCUCUCACAGACAAAGCAACGGAGGAGCUAAAAAGGAGCAGGAGGCCAAGGGUCGUACGUGGGCGCUCUCGGUCAACCUGAACAGGACCGUGACCAGCCAGCAGUGGCGCCUUUCUGUGCUCCUUAGACUUGGGCGCUUUCUUCAGGCAGUAGUUGAGGAAAGACCGGUGGAGGAAGGUGACAUGUCUGUCCCAUCUGAGGGAGCGUUUGGUUCGAGCUGCGAGAGCAGGAUUACACCUGUGAAUGUCACCUGGGGAAAGCUCGAGAACAGCAAGAUUGGAAUUAAGGUGUACGAGAACUCUGGGAGGAAACCAAGUCCACAUUCAACAUUUAAACUCCGACCGGAUUCAGAUCACCCAGGCGAAGCAUGUGACGGUUUGGACUCUGCGGAGGCUGUCCAGAGCUUUGCGUCAACUCUGGUCCCGCUUUUGUUGGAGGUGUGGGUGGAGGCCAACACCGGCGACUCUCCCUGGAACAGUUCUGACGGCGGACACCUGCUGAGCCCGGACGCCAUGUCUGUAAUGUUCCAGGUGUUGUCUAUACUGCAACUUCUCCGAAAACUGGCACCGCGGCAGGAGCAUCAAGAUGCGCUGGAUGCAUGGUUCCGCAAAGAAUAUUUAGGAGAUUUUAAGCAGCACUUCAUGAAAAACUUCCCAUACAGUCUUCAUGACACACCCAAACAUAAAAAGAAAGUUAAUAACAAAAGGAGCAAGCAGACUGCGGCUGUCCCCGACGUGAGCGUGGAUCCUCUGGCGCUGAACAUCACACUUUGCCAGGUGAUGGUGUCUCUGAGCCAGCGGCAGGGAGUCGGCCGAGAGGCGGACGGAGACUGGCUGACGCCCCUGAGGACGUUCGUGCGAGACACGCUCGGUGGCGAAGUGAAGCUCAGCUACAGGCAGCUGCACAUGCUGCUCGGGACCGUCUGGAAGAUGGUGCUCACACAAAAAAGCAAAACAGUGACAGAAGAUCUGUUGGCAGCGGUGUACUCGUACUAUCAGCAGAGGCACCUGACGCUACAGACCAGAUCUCUCCUGCUGUCUUUCUACAGCAGGAUUUACCUGCAGGAGCAGGGGCAGUCGCAUAUCACCAGGAGCAAAGUGCUCUCUCGGUGGCUGGCGUUUCUUCCUGUGCAGUUGUCCCAGCUGGGCCACCGCAACCCUGCUCUGUCUGCACUGCUCAUCCAGUCCAUCCAGGCUGCUGCUUCCCGAGGCAACAAAGACCUGCUCAGCAGUCUGCAGACGCAUGCCUGCAAGCUCUACGAUCCACAGGAAGGUGUGGUGGUUCUUCUGCCAUCAGAGUGCCAGCAACAAAUGGUGCAGCUGCUCUAUUUCCUCCCCAAGAUGCCCCGCGCUCUGCUGGCUAAUCUGAGCUUCUGCUGCAACACUGGUCGAAUCUCAGCUGGACUCGCCGCCUCGCUCGUUCGUAUUAUACACCUGAGGUCAUCUUUGAGUGGAUGGUCAGUGGGGAGCCAGGAAGCAGCGCUACAGGACGUGGACUACAUCAGCUUCCUGUUCUCCACCCUGACGGGCUUCUCGUGCGACCAGCUCGCCUCCUUGCAGGAAGCCGGCGACACCAGAGCGCUGCCCCCCUCCCCUCUGUCGCCCCUGAGGCUUCACCGCACCCCGCUGGACCACUUCACGCACCACUGGGACGUUGUGGAGGAGGUGUGCCAGCGUCUGGAAACUCUGGGUGCAAGAGCUCAGUGCUUUGACAUCUUACAAAAUGGCAUCUUCGAAUACAUGACCAAGCUGAGAGUGGUGCCCGACAGCAUGGCGGCCGGCCUCCUCGCCGCCGUUUCCAGGCUAACGGACCCCUCCCUUCUGCCCCUCGAGCCCGUGUUGCGCUUGUUGUCCCGCUGCUGCCUCAGCCUCCUGACCGCACUCGUCACUCAGCAGCAGGAGGCGGCGGCGCACGACCAGCACAAAAGGGAGGCUAUUUGGGGAGCGUGCGUGGCGUCGCUGAGCACCGUGCCCCGCCUGCUGAGGAUGCUUCUGCAGCUGCGCGUGGCGGAUCUGAGCCAGGCGGAGCUGCCCCAGCUGGGCCAGAUGUUGUCCAUGCUGAUGCAGCACACGCCGCUGCACAACCAGCUCAUGGCCAACACGGGUCUGCUGCAAGAACUCAUCCAACAUCUCACGAGGCACUCGCGCAGCGCGACCAGGGAGCAGUGGCUGACCGACCUGCUCUACUGUUACAGCGUCACCGUGGCCCACGGCACGUCAUCUCUCCGUGGAAAUGUUCGAGACGUGUACUGAUGGACGCACGCACGUACGAUUAACUGACGUGGGCUCACUCUGACACUCAAAAACACUUCCAGACCUCAGCAGUGACUGCUUUGUACUCGCCAUUUAACAAGAAAGUUGGUCCAUGUUUGUUUUCUUUGUCCUCAUGUUGGGGAGGGGGACUGAUAAAAAAAAUUAAACAUUUCCACAGCC